AUGCCACCACGAAGAAAGAAGGUUAAAGUUGAAGUAAUUGAAUCAUCAUUUGAUGAAGAAAUAUCAUCAGAAUCACAAGAACUGGAAAAUUUUGAUCAUUGGUCAGUACCAAAAAGUCAAAUUCAAACACAAUCAAUUCAAUCAUUUCUGUCAUUUUCAUCAUUAGAUUUACCAGAACAUCCUUAUCAACCAUCACGUCAGCACCAACAAGUUCAGCAACAACAAUGGAUAGAUAAGUAUCGACCGAAAAAUGUAUCAGAUAUAUGUAUCAACCCAACAAAAUUAAAACAAGUUAAAGAAUCUUUACUUGGAAUGAUUAAUCAUACAUCGAGAUCAAAAAUUUUAAUACUUUCCGGACCUUCAGGUAGUUCUAAAUCAACCACGAUAAAACUAUUAGCUAAUGAAUUAUUACCACAUCAGGAUGUAUUUGAAGAUUCAAAAAUUAUAGAAUAUAAUGAACUGGAAGAUUUUUUAAAAUUUCUACAAGAAUGUAAAUAUAAGAAAGAAAGUAUUGUAUUAAUUGAAGAAUUACCAAAUGUUUAUCAUCAAGAUACGUUGAUUAAAUUUCGUCAAGGAUUGAAAAAUUGGAUUUAUCAGGAUAUACUAAAUCUUCCACCGUUAGUUAUUUGUCUUAGUGAACUUGAGUAUAAUAGUAAUGGAGAUAAUGAAGGUUUUAGAAACAGUUAUAGUAUUGAUAAUAAUUUAACGGUUGAUACUUUAUUAAGUAAAGAAAUUUCAAAAUUGGAUCAAGUUGAAAACAUCAAAUUUAAUAAAAUCGCCAAUAGAUUUCUUAAGAAGACAAUCAACAAGAUAAUUAAAGAUGAACAUUUGAUACGAAGUAUAGGUACCACCAGAUUAAAUGAGUUUCUUGACGAGAUAUUUAAAAUUGGGGAUAUUAGAUCAAUUAUAUGUAAUUUAGAAAUGUGGGUUAAGAAUGUCAAAUCCAAUAGUUCAAUUGGAUUAGAUUCUUAUCUUCGAGAAAAUUCAAUUAAUUUAUUUCAUGCAAUUGGUAAGAUUAUUUAUUCCACUUCAACAGUUAAUGAUCAAAAAGGAAAUGACAAUAUAGAUUUAAAAUCGAUUGAACAAGUAUUAAAUCAGUAUCCCGAUAAGAAUAAAGAUUUAUUGAAUCUUGGAGUAUUAGAAAAUUAUCACAUUUAUAACGAUUCUCAAUAUGACAUAAGCCUUGCUAGUUGUAUUGUUGAUGAUUUAAGUAUAAAUGAUCUUUUAUCUAUUGGGAAUGUUGGAAUUAGAUCAGCAAGGGUGAAUUUACGAAAAGUACCUAAACAAGGUGUUAACAAAAUGAAGAUGAAAUUUCCAAGGCAUUUUAAAAUGAAUAAAAUGAUAAAGAAAACAAGCAACCAAAUCAAUUCAUAUCGGAAGUACAUAAACCCCCGAAAUUCGUUCCAAGAUUUGAAUCUAAUCGAUGGGUGCUUAAUUCCAAUAAUUUACAACAAAAGAAAAACUCAAGGAUUUAGGUAUAAUCGACUAGGUGGGAAGUUUCAAGAAAUUUAUGCUGAUGAAGAUAUGCCUUUAAAAGAAGAAGAGGAAGGUGAUGGGAUAAUAUAUGAGUAUGACCAAUUUGAAAUUGAUAUUCAGAAUAGAAUUAAUGAAGAACUAGAAAUUGACAAUUCAGAUGAUGAAUUAUCAGAUCCUAUAGAAGAUUCUCAAGAUGACAGCAACAACAACGACGAUGAUGAUGAUGUAUUCCUGAGUGAUUCAGAAUUAGAUUUAUUAUUAACUCAAGGAAACUACUAA